AUGAAAUCCCGUAGUAGGAAGAUGUUCAAAGUCGAACCGAUUGGGUCAAAACAUUUUUUUCAUAAGAAUUGGAACGAGAAGGGAGGCAACAUGAUCUCUAAUAUAGUUGUUGGUUUCAACGAACAUAGAGUACUAUCUAUUCAGUUUAGCUAUUUUCAGGAGAGAGGUCAUGACGUGUCUGACAAGUACGGUUCGUCCGAAGAAGGUUCAUCCAACGAAAUAAUAAGACUGAAUCACGAUGAGUAUGUGACUGGGUUGAGUGGGAUAUAUUGGAAAGGACUUGUCACGUCUUUGACAUUUCACACUAACCAGAGGAAAUGUGGACCGUACUGCAAGAUAGACGAUUAUCCUAAAAGCUGUGAGAGGGUAAUUGAUGUGGGGAUUCGUGAUCAUUGUGAGUUUGGUGGUUUCUUUGGGUCUUUUAACCAAUUUGGCGGUCUGGCAUCGAUUGGAAUGUAUGUUUAUCCCAGGUACGAUGACAAGCCCACUCUCAAUGACGUAGUUGAGCCCCUUGAGACCAGCAAGGUGCAACAUGGGGUUAAAACCAACUACAAAGUCACCAAUGACGAAGACGACCAGCUCACUCUCUACCAAUCAUCUGAUCCUUUAGGCGCCACAAUCAACCGUAAUGGGAAGCUUGGAUAUCAAUUACCUAAUGAGGUCACCGAUGGGUAUCAUGUCAAGGCCAUGGUUCAUCAACCCAAAUUCGAAGACAAGAUCAGUCACUACCAAUCAUCUGAUGACCGGCUAGCCAAAAGCACUAACUAUCAGACACUUGAGUAUCUAAUGCCUCGGCAUGUCAAUCCCAUUAUUAGUCGUAAGCCUAAACUCAAAGAUGGGAUAUUCUCAAAGUUGGGGCGCCUUUUUUAG